GCAGAAGAAAGAAUACUCUUACCUCUUAUAAACUAUGAUAAUGAGGUGAACAUUUAUGCUUUGCACCAGAAGCCAAGAAAUCCAAAGAAAAAGAGAAUAUGGAAAAGAAGCAAAGCUUCUCUGCCACAGUUUGUAAAGUUUUCAUGCAAGUUGGCCUACAAAAACCCUGGUCUAGGCACCCAUUGUUGCCAACCCUAUUGUUUUCACCUAAGUUUCACAGUUCAUCUUUCAGUUUUUUGUUGAAAACAUUAACAUCUGUUUUGAUCUUUCAUUUUUGCAAUGGCCAACUCCAUUUUCAGAUCAGAUUAUCAAAGCAAAGCUUUUCUUUUAUUGAGUCUCUUUUGUUUCAUGCUACUGAUUCAGGAGGGUUAUGCAAGAGAAUUCCCAGUGAUUUGGGGUCUUCAAAAUGGCACCAAUGCUGAAAAUUAUAAUCAAUGGGCAGAAAGAAACAGAUUUCAAAUUGGAGAUUCACUUGUGUUUAUCUACACACCGAACGAAGAUUCAGUGCUUCGUGUGACUUUCGAGGCCUACAAACACUGCAGUGUAGAAUCACCACUCGCCAACUACACCGAUGGCCACACUGUUUUCCCAUUCAAUAAUUCGGGGCCUUACUAUUUCAUCAGCGGAAACCAAGAAAACUGUCCAAAGAAUGAGAAGUUGGAGGUUGUUGUGUUAGCUGAUAGAAGCAACCGUUCUUCAAGCACAAAUGUAACCAACCCUCCUUCUCCUCCGCCUUCAAGCUCAACCGAAAUAGUGCCAUCGCCUGCCCCUUCCGCUGAGUCUCCACCAACCCGAACAGUAGAGAUUAACCCGACUCCGGCACCAAGCGAGGAGUAUAAUCCACCGAAAAAUGCUGCCUCUUCAGUCUUCACGAGUGUUACUGGUUCUAUUGGAGCAUUUGUUGCCUCAACUCUUGUUUUAGCAAUAUUCUAAAGAGGAUGAAUUGAUUUUUUUUUUUUUUGACCUUUUUUUUCUUUGAUUUUCCUCAGCUUGUGUUUACUGGGUUCAUCUGGGUUUUUUUAAUUUAUUGAUAAUUGAUUGUCAAAAUUAAGGAAUAAUCUGAUAGUUGUAUAGUAUUUGGUGUGCUUGUUUGUAAACGGAAAUAAAUGGAUUUUAUACGGUGUGUAUAUGGCUUAACAGUCAUUUAUUAUUAUUUUUUUUUU